CCCUCAUGAAUUUUAAAGUGUUUUGUUUGCGUUCAUUUUGCAUGUGCCAGCCCCGAUCUUUUGCCACAGCUUAUAAGAGCAUACAAAAGUAUGUUUGCAUUCUCCGGUUUAUGCAACCGAAAGUGGUUUUACGAAGAUGCUCAAUAGUAUUGUCCUCUUCCCAUUCUUUCUGCUUGUUUCUGCACAAUUUGAUAGUGAUCAGUCUCUUUUCAGAAGAGCGGGCUUACCACCAAAUGUGGAUGUAAAUGAAGAGCCACCUGCAGAGGGAGGAGACGUAAGCAAUCAUUCACACGUCGCAUCUUCCCAUGAAACCGGAUCAAAUCCUGUUAUUGCAAAUCAAAAGGCAAAAGUGAGAAUGUCUUCGGAACAUUUGUGACACUCAUACUCAUCUCGCUAUAUCUUUGCUUU